UAGUCUCUAAACUGUGUCUGUAUUUAAGGCAGAAAUCUGACUUAGAUAAAGUCGAGUCAGACAAGUUGAUUUUAUGUGUGGUUCUGGGUCUAACUUUGCUUUCUUCCCAUAAACAGUUUGAAGAGUAAAAAAAAGAUGACGACUUCCUGGAGUGACCGUUUGCAGAACUAUGCUGACAUCCCAGCUAACAUGGAUGGUGUGGCCAUGAAGAAGUAUCGUCGUGAAGCUCACCAUAGCUUGCCAAAGGAUCUGGCUCAAAACCAUCCUGCAAUGAGAGUUUUUGUCAACCGAAGCCUGGCCAUGGAGAAGAUCAAAUGUUUUGGUUUUGAUAUGGAUUACACUCUGGCAGUGUAUAAAUCUCCUGAAUAUGAAUCGCUGGGCUUCGACUUGACAGUGGAGCGUCUAGUGUCCAUUGGGUAUCCGCAAGAGCUGCUCAACUUUGUCUACGAUCCGUCCUUCCCCACCAGAGGUCUGGUGUUUGACACAAUGUAUGGCAACCUGCUCAAAGUAGAUACCUAUGGGAACAUCCUGGUGUGUGUGCAUGGAUUUAACUUCUUGAGAGGGCCUGACAUCAGAGAGAUGUACCCCAACAAAUUUAUUCAACGUGGAGACACAGACCGCUUCUACAUCCUCAACACACUCUUCAACCUGCCUGAAACUUACCUCUUUGCUUGCCUGGUGGAUUUUUUCAGUACCUGCUCCAGAUACACAAGCUGUGAGACUGGCUUCAAAGAUGGUGACCUUUUAUUGUCCUACAAGAGCAUGUUCCAGGACGUCAGAGACGGCGUAGACUGGGUUCAUUUUAAGGGGUCCUUAAAAGAAAAAACAGUUGAAAACCUGGAGAAGUAUGUGGUUAAAGAUCCGAAGCUUCCUCUCCUGCUCAGUCGCAUGAAUGAAGUAGCCAAAGUAUUUCUGGCCACCAACAGUGAUUACAAAUACACAGAGAAAAUUAUGACCUACCUGUUUGACUUCCCUCACGGGCCAAAGCCGGGUACUCCCCAUCGGCCAUGGAAGUCCUACUUUGACCUGAUCUUGGUGGACGCCCGCAAACCUGUGUUCUUUGGAGAGGGAACAGUGCUGCGGCAGGUUGACACUACCACAGGUCGGUUAAGGAUUGGCACUUACACUGGACCGCUCCAGCAUGGUAUCGUUUACUCUGGAGGUUCUUCAGACAUUGUGUGUGACUUGCUGGGUGCUAAAGGAAAGGACAUCGUCUACAUUGGAGACCAUAUAUUUGGUGACAUUCUCAAAUCCAAAAAGCGUCAGGGCUGGAGGACGUUUCUGGUGAUCCCUGAGCUGGCCCAGGAGCUGCAUGUGUGGACUGACAAGAGCUCCAUAUUUGAGGAGCUUCAGUCUCUGGAGUGUUUCCUGGCAGAGCUCUACAAGCAUCUGGACAGCAGCAGCAAUGAGAGGCCAGACAUCAGCUCACUGCAGAGACGGAUUAAGAAAGUGACCCAUGACAUGGACAUGUGCUAUGGCAUGAUGGGAAGUCUGUUCCGCAGUGGAUCCCGACAGACGCUGUUUGCCUCCCAGGUGAUGCGCUACGCUGACCUGUAUGCCGCCUCCUUCAUCAACCUGCUGUACUACCCGUUCAGCUAUCUGUUCAGAGCUGCACAUGUGCUGAUGCCUCAUGAGUCCACAGUGGAGCAUACCCACGUCAACAUCAUCGACACAGAGUCGCCGCUUGCAACACGAAACCGCCAUGACAUGGACCUCAAGGAGAUCGAGUGCAAACGGCACCAGCUCACCCGAUCCAUCAGCGAAAUCCAGCCCCCCCACUUCUUCCCCCAGGCUCCGCAGGAGAUCACCCACUGCCAUGACGAGGAUGAUGAUGAGGAGGAGGAGGAGGAGGAGGAAGAAUAGAUGUAGGUGAAGGAUCAGAGGAGGCUGCAGAUGAGUCUUCCUCUCACAGUUCAUCCUCUUCUCACAUUUGAAGUUCAUCUUUUUGUUUUAGGUAUUAAUAAUACCUAACAUGACUCUCAUUGUUACAAUUAAAAAUACAGGUACACUGUACAACUGUGACGUUAAAAAGGAUUUCAAUGAUUGGACGGUUAAAUUUAACAAGGCAUGGAAUUGCCACUCGCUGAGUCUUGUUUUGUUUGAAUAUUUAGUUUUUUCUGAGGAGGAACGUCUCUGCUGCUGUGUGUAUCAUUCAGGUCAUCAGGAGCCAGAGUUCAGUGUGCAUUUUAUUCAUUUGCACUGUAAACAUUUCACUGCCCUGCUGCUUAAAAACUAACAUUAUCCUCAGCUUAGCCUAGCUGAUAAACCGCCCUUUAACUGCUAAGCCACAUUAGUCAGAUAUUUUGCCUUUUUUUGGGAACAUUCAUUUUUUAGGUGUUAUUUAUUUCCACCUCUAAAGAGUUGUCGCUAAAAGAAGAGACGUGAGGAUGUAUUGAGAUACUUCUGCUUAGAUUUAUUAUCAGAAGAAGCAAUUCAAGCUGUUUGAAAUAUCCACACAAAUACGUGAUGUUGUGAAAUGCAGUUUCUUUUACCCACAGUGGCCUCAUGCAGAACGCACUGCUGCAACAAGACCAGAUGUUUGAGUCAUCUCGCCUCAGUUUGAGAAAGCAGCGAGCUCUCAUCCCCAUCGUUUAGGGUUUUAAUGAAGACACCGCACAUAAGGGUGGAUUCAUACUUGAAGAAAACAUAACUUUAGUUUUUAUAUUGAACACAGCUGCUUAAAAAUAGGAUUCAGCCAUGGUUCUACUCUAGAUGACAACUUUCAGUUCAGCAGAGUUUACACGGCCUGCUGUGGUGAGCUGAAGUCAUCAGGAAGUUGCUUCAUUGUAUCGCAUCCUGUUCACUCAAGAAACCAGCUUAGAGUAACAUCACCUACUUAUCAAGCCCGUAAAUCCUCUUACAGUGUUCUAAAAUGGGACCACAUUUCCCAUAAGUCAUAGAAUUUAAAAUAUUUUUGUUACCCUGAAGUCAUUUUUUGUUGUUUUCUUUGGCUGUAAAUGUUUUUAAAGUUACUACAAGACAAAUGUAGGUCUCAUAAGCCAGCACAGCGUUCACAAAGGACGGUUACCGUUUGAGUCAUCUCACUUUGAGUUGUUACAGUGAGUUUGUUUUGAUCAUGAAUGUCGAUUUGUUUUAAUCUGAAGAAAGAUGCGGGAUAAUGUAUGGAAGCCCAUUUCUGCCAGGAAUAACAAAGUUAAGAAUGAUUUCAAUAACAACACGAGGUUAAAAUGAUCACAUUUACAUUUUGUCUAACUGUAUUGUCAUGAAAAUAUGAAGCAAGCAAAGAUCAUUUUGUUUUAUUAGAUGUUUAAAAUCAAACUUUUAGUUUUGGUGAUUUUAAAUAUCCACGAGAAUUACCAUUAUCGUCAUUUAAAAGAUGGUGAGUUGUUUUUUUUCUGGCACUAAUGGUCUUCUGUACAGCGGUGACCUGCUGCUGUACUGAUUGUAGAAACUGAUCAGGGCUGUCCCCAGAUCUGUCUGCUGUAAACAUGCUGUUACUGUAAUGUAAGAAGUGGUCUGUGCUGUCAUUGAGUACAGCUGUGGGGCCUCACGCACUAAGGUCACAUACUGUUGACAUGACUGUUUAUUUUACUGCUGACUCGGCUGGUUUUUUGUCCAUUUUUUCUAUAUUUAUGUUACUACCUUGAGUUUAAGGACCUGAACAGGAGGACCUGUUUGCCUCAAAUGUUUCAUCUGAAGUAAUCAUACAGAACUACAUACUGAACCACAGGAGGCUGAUCAAGCCUUUUCUUCUGACUGAGCGUGAGAUUGUAUUGUGUGAUCACACAAGAAGUUUGCCAUUUGAACUGUUAAAGCUGCCUCAUCCUUUGGGUUUGUUUAAAUGUCCCUCUGUCAGGGAGAGAGACCUUUGUCCACUCUGUUGCACCUUUGGAUUCUUAUCUUGUUAUUUGAGUAUGUGUGUGACUCUUGUAGAAACACCUGUUACAGAGUGGCCCAUGUUUCAGUGCACAUACGAUUUACAUUUGUAAUGGUUUCAUACUCAGAUCACUUGAGGGAACUGUUAAGCAUGCCGAUUUGAAUUAGAGUGCUACUGAUUGCUUGGAAGUUUGAUUAGACUUCGCACAUUUUAAAGUGUUAAAUUAAACAAAUGAAUGUUUUUUUGAUCUGCAGUAGUUAAUGCAUGUGUGUUUUUUUUUCUUUUGCUGUUUAAUCUGAAAUGUUGCCUUUGUUUGGAAUGAUGUUGAAAAUCAGGGAUGCUGCAGUUAAAAUGGUUUGGGUCAUGGGUUAUGUUUGUAAUACAUUUUCUGAUCUGA